CACGCCCGCGGCGUGCACGAGCUCAUCGCGGAGGCCGCGGGCGCCAUCGCGUCAGGGACGCGGCUUGUGCCAGCGCAGAGCGGCCUCGGCGGGGCUUUGCUGCUCAAGGACGGCCGCUCCGGCGAGCACGUGGCGGUGAUCAAGCCGCUAGACGACGCGACGUCUUCUCCAUCGACCAACGUCGGAGGCGGCUACGAGAGCAAGGCCGUGCUCCGGGAGGUGGCCGCGUACCUCCUCGACCACGACGGGUUCGCCAGCGUCGCGCCGACGGCGCUGAUCAAGAUAUCCCGCCCCGAGAUGGAGACAACCGUGGCGUCCAUCCAGCGCUUCGUGGCGCACCACUACGACGCCGGAGAGCUCGGCCCGUCUAGGUUCUCCGUGACCUCCGUGCACCGCGUAGGAAUCCUGGACGUGCGCCUCCUCAAUAUCGACCGCCACGCCGGCAACAUCCUCGUCAAGAAUCCGCCCACCAGCGACUGCGCCGCGGAUGGCAGCACGUCGGCGGCGCCGCUGGAGCUCGUGCCGAUCGACCACGGCCUCUGCCUCCCUGAGGAGCUCGACGACCCGUACUUCGAGUGGCUGCACUGGCCGCAGUCGUCGCGACCAUUCUCCGGCACCGAGCUCGACUACAUCGCGUCGCUGGACCCUUUCAAGGACGCCGAGAUGCUCCGGGAAGAGCUGCCGUCCCUGACGGAACCGGCCAUCCGGAUCCUCACGCUGUGCACCGUCUUCCUCCAGCGCGCGGCCGCGGCGGGGCUCUGCCUGGCUGACAUCGGCGACAUGAUGACCCGCGAGUUCUCGUCGGCGGAGGAGGGGCUGAGCGCGCUCGAGGCCCUCUGCAAGAAGGCCGUGGACUCCAUCGACACCCAGUCGCCGAAGCGCGUGUCGUUCGGGGAGCUGGGUGGCGAGGAGUGGGCGGCGUUCAUGGAGAAGUUUGAGCAGCUGCUGCCGCCGGCGUUCGAGGACAAGAAGCGCGGGGCUGGCGUUGCGCUGAAUUAACGCCGACGACCGUGAUGAAACGUACGUACGUUCUGCACGCAGGGUGUACAUGUAUGCAUACGUGUGUGGUGGUGAUUUAACCAAAGAGAGAAGCCUUGCGUGUUACUCCUA